AUGAUCCAAUGGAAGCAAGGUCCGCACCCAUUGGCUCCAUACAAUGACAAAGUAAAGCAGAAGAAGGCUGACUUGUUACAGCUUUGGCAGGAGAAGUAUGCUGGGCUGGAAGCUCCUGCUGGUGGUGUAUGGACGGAAGACGAUGAGGCAGAGCUUGAACGCCUUGGAUCCGGCGAAAUCACUUGCUUUUCAAAAGAUGUUGGCAUCGAUCGUUGCAUAGAGACUGAAGAUGACUAUCUUAUCACACGGCUGCUAUCUAUUGAUCGAAAGCGUCGAAACAGUAUUGUUGGGCAAGUACUGCAACGUGUCGAGGAAGAAGAGGCCAACGAGAUUAUUGCAGCAUCUAUUGAGUAG